AUGGAAUGUGGCUUGUCUAGGUGCGAGCGAAGGGGGCCGGCUCUCUGGAAAUGCUGCUGUAAUCAAUCUGGGGAGUUUCACUUUUGCCCCCGGAUCUUUCUAAAGCUGACCACGGCCUCCUGUGGCAGCUUGAGAGGCGAAGCCGGCGCGAUCCUGCUGGCGGGCGGCUUGGGCACCGACCCGCCGCCUGGCAAACCCGCCUUCCCUGCGGCCGCGUUCGCCCACCGCCCGCUCAGGGUCGCCGCGCAGGCCAGCGGCCCGCAGCCCCCGGGCGGGGAUCGCGAUGCGGCCGGGCGCACGCGGCCGACCCCAGCGUUCGUGGGGCGCCCGAGUUCCCCCCCGCCCCGGGGGGCGACGGCUGGGCCUGGAGCCCCGAAGUCCACCAAGCGCCGGCCUCCCGCCGUCCCGCCUCCGCUCGCAUCCCGAACAAAGCAGCGCCCGGUGCCCCAGGCCGGCCCCGCUGACCCCUGCUCCCCGCCCCCCCCCCCCUUCGGACUGCAGCCCAGGGCUGGAGCCUGUUCCGAGCCGGGCCCUCGGGCGUGGGCCCCAGAGAGGAUCGGUCUGCAGGCCCUGAGCUCAGCUUUCUCGGCUCCACGGUCAUCGAAUUCCCGGCAGAGCAGGCCGGGCCCCAGGACGGAAAAUCCGCAAACGUGGAGCAGAGCGCAACAGACCUUUCUACCCUGGUGUUCCCAGAAGUUGUCUCCAGACGCCGGGAGCCUGAGCCGCGCUGGGCUCAGCCGCCCCCCAGCCCACCCGGGAAACUUGCACAAGUUCGCAUCCCGCUCCUCAAGUUCUUAGCUUUUCUCCAGCUACCGGCCUUGUCGAUUGCUCUGCCAACUGUCCUUUAGUCUCUAGGGCUCCCGAGGCCUGAGUCGGUCCAGAAUUAUGAUAAUCAUUGUUAUUAUCAGGCUGGGGACGGAGCGCAGAAGCAGAGGAUGGGGGCUGAGGGACAGAGAAGAAAUGCUGAUGAAGGGGGAUAUUUCAACCUGUUUCAAAAAGUUUCAGUUGACUAUUAUCAGUAACCCCGAUAGACAACUCCAUUAAAAAAAAAAAAAAGAAUUUACUACUGCUCUUGAAAAGCCGUUAUUUUUUACAUCGCU